GCCACCGUCGGACACUCCCUUCUCACUUCAAUGCUUACUCAACCACGAAAUCCAGCGCCCAACUCCAAAGUACUGGCCGGGUGGAGAUUUAAAACCGGACCGAGCCAUGCUUGUCCAGAAGAGGCGACGGAGAGAUGCGAAUGCGUUUGGUGUCGUGAAUAACAGCCUGAUCGCGCUCCUGCGUUUAUGAGCAAAGACAAGACAGAAACUCACGUGAAGCAACUCAAAGCUGAUGAGAGGCAGCAAGAAGAAGAGAUUUGACAAAGUAUGGCCGCACCUGAUCUUUUAGAUCCCAAAUCAGCAACGCACAACACCAAACCACGGCUGUCGUUUUCCUCCAAACCCAUCGUCUUUAACUCGGGAGAUGACUGUGACACCAUCACCACCGUAAUGAAGUGGAAAACGGUACUGUUAAUCUUCCUGUUGGUAGUUCUGUACCUGAUCAUUGGAGCCACCGUGUUCAAAGCCCUGGAACGGCCCCAGGAGAGCUCGCAGAAGUACCUCAUCGUGAAGGAGAAAAUGAACUUCCUCUCCAGGCACGCCUGUGUCAACACCUCUGAGCUGGAGGAUCUGGUGAAGCAAGUGGUGGCUGCCAUUCGUGCGGGGGUCAAUCCUUCAGGUCACCCCUCCAAUGAGACAAGCAUGUGGGACUUCAGUAGCUCCUUCUUCUUUGCAGGGACUGUCAUUACCACCAUAGGGUUUGGAAACAUCUCUCCACACACGGAGGGAGGCAGGAUCUUCUGCAUUAUCUACGCUCUGCUGGGGAUUCCUCUCUUUGGCUUUCUCUUGGCUGGAGUGGGCGAUCAGCUGGGAACCAUAUUUGGAAAAGGAAUUGCAAAAGUGGAAAAGAUGUUUGUGAAAUGGAAUGUGAGCCAAACCAAAAUACGUGUGACAUCCACGGUGCUGUUCAUCCUGUUUGGGUGCCUGUUGUUUGUGGCCAUUCCCGCGCUCAUCUUCCAGCACAUCGAGGGCUGGAGUACUCUGGAAUCCAUCUACUUUGUUGUCAUUACAUUAACCACUAUUGGAUUUGGAGACUUUGUGGCAGGAGGAUCUGAGAUUGAAUAUCUGGACUAUUAUAAGCCUUUAGUGUGGUUCUGGAUCCUGGUGGGUCUAGCCUACUUUGCAGCAGUUCUCAGCAUGAUCGGAGACUGGCUUCGGGUCAUUUCCAAGAAGACCAAAGAAGAGGUUGGAGAGUUCCGUGCGCACGCUGCAGAAUGGACAGCUAAUGUGUCGGCGGAGUUUAAAGAAACGCGGCGCCGACUGAGCGUGGAAAUUUACGACAAGUUUCAGAGGGCAACAUACAUCAAGCGCAAGCUGUCGUCUGAGCUCGGACAAAACCCUGGUCAGGACUUGAUGUCAUGCAAGAGGACCCUGUCUGUAAACUUCACAGAUGAACUCGAAAAAGAACCGCCUGCCUUGACCAAAAAUGGCAGUAUGUAUCUGAAUGGACUUACUCCGGAUUUCCCUGACUGUGGGGAGAUUUCCAUUAUUGAGCGUCUUAAAUAAGGCUCAGUGAUCAACUGAAGAUUUGUAUCAAUAAGUUUACUUGUAUCAAGAAGUUGUAUCAAAUCUUUUUUGGAUGUAUGUGAAUGUGCUGUCACCUUUAUCAAUGUAUUAGAAUCAUUGGGAGGGACAUUUAUGCCUUGUGAAAUUAAUCUGUCUGCAUUUUGUAGGGAUUAAGAUGAUAUUUGAUAAAGUCUGUAUUCUUUAGCAAAACAGGUAAGGAGCUUUUAAUAUACGGUGAAUCAUAUUUGUGCCUUAAAUAUCACGAGGAAUGGGAACUUUCUAGCAGCUGUUACUUGUUGAGUGAUACAAAGAAAUGAAAUUGAGGUUCGUUUUUUAGAGAAUGAACCACCCAAAUUUGAUCAUCGUGUCCAAACACUGAGGAAUUGAAUUGCUUUUUGGGUGUUUAUCUCGAACACAGCAUGUGCGAGCGUCUGUUCUGCAUCUCUUACAGGGUAUCAAGCAGGAAUGGGUGACUGUUUAUGAUAUGGACACAGCUGUUCUCCUGUGGCUCACCAGCUUAGUUUAUAUUAUGCAUUUGCACGUUAUUUUUUAAUCUACAUUGUGAAUGAACAUGACUAAGUAUAUCACCUAUUGAAGUUUCAUUGUAUUUUUAGAGUGGCACAAUGGCUUUUUACUACUAGUUCAGAUUUUCUAUUCCUGAUAUGAAUUUGAGUUUUAUAUCUUUAUCACUAAGCAUUCAUUCAUUUUGUCAUGAGAUGGCAUUUUGUUAAUUUAUGUCUACUGUAACAAGAAAGUUGUUUGAAUGCAGCAGCCUACCUCUGGCUGCAUAAAGCUUGAUACCUUGUAUUAUACUGUCUCACAUCUGUUUGCCUUUAGCCUGCACAUGGUUUUAAUUCAGUGUAACAUAGUUAAAGCCAAAUGUAACUGGAUAAACUGUGGAAACAGAUACAGAGAAGAAUGGCCAAAGAGAAAUGUUUAAUCUCUGCUGUAGACAUGAGCUAUGGCUUUUGGGACUGUUCAGCUGCAAUGUAUAUUAUUUUAAGCAACUGUAAUUUUUAUUAAUAACAUAAUGCCAUAAUGAAGUAAUUUCUGGAUUAAAUGGAUUAAAGAUGAAU